CCCUCUAUAUAUAGAGAUAGUUUAUUGUCUGUGGCAUUCAUUUGCUGAGGAACGCCGCUUCACUCAAACCAGAUUCCAAUAUGAAGACGUUUGCCCUCAUUUUAAGUACGUUGAGUGUAGCUUUCGCUACGUAUCCGUCUCGAAACACCAGAUAUACUAACAGACAACUAGUGCAACGUAUACGUGAGCUACCACCAUCAAUAAGAAUUGCAGGUAGCAGCUCACGUAUACGUGAGCUACCGCCAUCAAUAAGAAUUGCAGGUAGCAGCUCGCGUAUUGAGCUACCGCCAUCAAUAAGAAUUGCAGGUAGCAGCUCACGUAUUGAGCUACCGCCAUCAAUAAGUAUUGCAGGUAGCAGCUCACGUAUUGAGCUACCGCCAUCAAUAAGAAUUGCAGGAAGCAAUUCUGGACGUAGGCCGGCACUACGAACAGCAGUGAAUCCCAUUCUAACACAAAUCGGACAGACACGCAGAAGCACCUCAUUCUUAACCGGUGCUACCCUCGGACAAAGGAGAGAAGCACAAAUACAAAGGUUAGGACCUAGAAUGCAAAGCAGACUGAGAUUCAAUCCGAAUAGUCGAACAAGUAUGUUUCCGGCCGGAUCAUCAUCGAUAUCUGGUAGGAUGUUAGCGAGAACGUCUCCAUACAUAGUAAGAAGCAAUAGAGCUACCGUUCCAUCAAGUCAAGCAUUUAUCGGUACUAUUAGUUCCUCGCCCAAUGGUAGAUAUAGGGUGACGCCUUUAUCCUCAUCAAUGAACGUUCGAUCACGUGCAGUCGCUGUGCCUUCUGGUGGUGCGUCCUCAUUUGACAGAGGAAGCCGCAGGAUGUCUGGGCUCAAUACAAUGAGUGCAAACAGGGUACAACAACGAUUCGCGAAUAGGCAGAUCAUCUUUGGUGCCCAGUGAUUCCGGUCCGACUCUCUUUGACUCCAAUAUGAAUUGUGCUCUGCAAACCCAGAGGAACUGGACCCCAGUGUUUCUCCGAUAUUUCAAAGAUAGAAAUCCGUUCAUUUUCGGUGUUUUAGUGUAUUUUGUCGUCAUGUUUUUCUUUAUUGUUAAUUACAAAUAGCUGAAUUGUACAGCUACAAAGACUACCGAUGGUUUGUAAGCAGUACUGGGGCAAUAUCAUUAUAAGAUAUGGUUACAGAAUUUACUUAAAAAGAUGCAAUCGUAAAAGAUAUCACCUUUGAGCAACAAUGACGCGGUAGGUAAUGGUUGUUCUUUAAAACUUUGCCUUGUGGCAGGUAAAUGUUAUUCAUUAAAAUUUUACUUUG